AUGAAGAUAUUUGCGGAUUGUGAGGAGUUUAAGGCAAUGUGGAGGCUAGUUGAUGAGAUGAUUGAGAAUGGGUUCCCAACUACAGCUCGUACGUUUAAUAUACUUAUAUGUACUUGUGGUGGGGCGGGAUUGGCUAGGAAGUACAAGUUGAUUGAGUGGGUAUAUCAGCAGAUGAUAGUUGAGGGUCAUUCUCCGGAUAUUCUAACGUAUAAUGUUGUCAUGUGUGCAAAGUAUAGGUUGGGGAAGUUGGAUCAGUUUCAUAGACUGCUUGAUGAAAUGGGUAGGAGUGGUUUUUCUCCAGACUUUCAUACAUAUAAUAUUCUUCUUCAUGUCCUGGGUAAAGGUGACAAGCCUCUUGCAGCUCUUAAUCUUUUGAAUCACAUGAAGGAAGUAGGUUUUGAUCCUAGUGUUCUUCACUUCACCACGUUGAUAGAUGGACUUAGCAGGGCUGGAAAUUUGGAUGCCUGCAGAUAUUUUUUUAUUGAAAUGACAAAGAAUGGGUGUAUGCCAGAUGUGGUUUCUUACACUGUAAUGAUCACAGGAUAUAUUGUGGUUUCGAGGAAAGCGCUCCAUGAGCAAACUUUAGGAACCAACAAUGAAAGAGAAAUGACACCAUGGUCAAAGCAACAUUUAGAUGUGUACAUUUGA